UUGUCAAACUCUUUUUCUCUGGCUCGCAAGCUGCCAACUUAUAGUUACAAUCGAGAGAAUCAACCCUUUGAUCAAGAGUGGCGUGUGUGAGCAUAGAAGAAGCAGCAUCUGGGCUGUGGCAACAGAUCACCAGAGCGGUGGGGCAUUAAAACAGAGUUUUUAAACUAAAUAUUAAGGAGGGGGAAAGGGAAUACAAGACCCGAAAGGAUGAAUGCACUAAGGAAGCUGGCUGAGAACUGUAGAAGAUUUCUCAGCAUCUUGGAUCGGGGUAUCUUUGGAAAAGUUCUCUUGCAUUGAUGACGUUGGGAAGCUGCUAAUAUGUAAACUGGGACUGGAUGGAUUUGGUGUGUAAGAAAAGGCUUCGGACAGGCUAAAGCAGGAGGUUAAUAGUCUGUUUGCAGAUGUAAAACUGCAAAAUAAGCAGCAGUAAAUGGACCACCUUUUACAGGAAGAUGUAGGCUGUGUCAAGGUGAGAUGCAACGAUGAUUGGCCUGAACUUCAGCUUGCAGGAGUGGCUAAGACAAUUUGAACAGGACAUCCAGGCGGAGAUUGAUGCUCAUAAUGACAUCUUCAAGAGCAUUGACGGCAACAAACAGAAGAUGGUGAAGGUUUUAGGAAGCUCGGAGGAAGCUGCCCUGCUUCAGCACCGACUUGAUGACAUGAACCAGCGCUGGAGUGAGCUGAAGGCCAAGUCUGUGAAUAUUAGGAGCCAUUUGGAGGCGAGUGCAGAACGAUGGAACAGGUUACUGGCAUCCCUUGAAGAACUGAGCAAGUGGCUAAAUCUGAAAGAUGAGACGCUGGCAAAGCAGAUGCCUAUUGGGGAAGAUGUUCAGGCUCUCCUGCAGCAGCACGACCACUGCCGGGCACUCAGACGGGAGCUUGUGACUAAGGAACAGACUGUGAUCAAUGCUCUGGAUUCCGCUCGACUGUUCCUGGCAGACCAGCCUAUUGAGGGGCCUGAGGAGCCGCGACGUCAUCUCCAUGUUAAAACAGAGCCAACCCCAGAAGAGAGAGCCCAGCGAAUUGCCAAAGCUGUGCGCAAGCAGUCAACGGAAGUCAAAGAGAAUUGGGAACUGCUCAACACUCAUGCCAGCAACUGGCAGAAACAGGUGGAAAAGGCACUGGAGAAACUUCAGGAACUACAAGGAGCUAUGGAUGACCUUGAGGCGCACAUGACAAAGGCUGAGAAUGCCCGCAACGAUUGGGAACCUGUAGGUGACCUGCUCAUCGACUCCCUGCAGGACCACAUUGACAAAACCACGGCUUUUAAAGAGGAAAUUGCCCCAUUGAAGCAAGAAGUCAAAAUAGUAAAUGACCUGGCUAGUCAGUUGUCUCCACUUGAUGUCCCUUUAUCUCCAAAGACCUCUCAUCAGCUUGACGACCUAAAUAUGCGUUGGAAACUUAUACAGGUCAAUGUUGAGGAUCGGAUUAAACAGUUGCAAGAAGCACAUCGGGACUUUGGACCUUCAUCACAACAUUUCCUCUCCACCUCUGUUCAGUUGCCUUGGCAGAGAGCAGUGUCGCAUAAUAAUAAAGUGCCAUAUUACAUCAACCACCAGAUCCAAAGCACCUGUUGGGAUCAUCCCAAGAUGACGGAGCUUUUCCACUCAUUGGGUGACCUGAACAACGUCCGUUUUUCUGCUUACCGUACAGCCAUGAAGAUCCGACGGCUCCAGAAAGCUCUCUGCUUGGAUUUAUUGGACCUGAACACUGCACAUAGCAUCUUUGAACAGCACAAGCUGACACAAAAUGAGCAACUUCUAAACGUGACUGAGGUGAUCAAUUGUUUAACAACUAUUUACGACGGCCUAGAGCAAAGCCACAAGGAUCUGGUCAACGUGCCGCUGUGUGUGGACAUGUGUUUGAACUGGCUUCUAAAUGUCUUUGACACGGGUAGGAGUGGAAAAAUCCGUGUGCUAUCUCUGAAGAUCGGAUUGAUGUCUCUAUCUAAGGGUCUCCUAGAGGAAAAAUACAAGAAUCUCUUCAAACAAGUGGCCGGACCUAAUGCCCAGUGUGACCAGCGAGGCCUGAGCCAUUUGCUUCACGACGCAAUCCAGAUCCCUCGGCAGCUGGGUGAAGUCGCCUCAUUCGGUGGGAGUAACAUUGAGCCAAGUGUACGCAGUUGUUUCCAGCACGCUCAGAACAAGACAGAGAUUGACGUUAAACUGUUUGUGGAGUGGAUGAGACUGGAGCCUCAGUCCGUGGUCUGGCUGCCUGUUCUGCAUCGAGUGGCAGCUGCUGAAACAGCAAAACAUCAGGCAAAGUGCAACAUCUGUAAAGAAUGUCCGAUUGUUGGAUUUAGGUACCGGAGUCUCAAACACUUCAACUAUGACAUCUGCCAAAGCUGUUUCUUUUCUGGACGUACAGCAAAAGGACAUAAAUUGCAUUACCCAAUGGUGGAGUACUGCACUCCAACCACGUCUGGCGAAGAUGUCCGAGAUUUCACUAAGGUGUUGAAAAACAAGUUCAGGUCAAAAAAAUACUUCGCCAAACACCCCCGAUUGGGUUACUUGCCCGUCCAAACCGUUCUGGAAGGCGAUAACCUUGAAAUCCCUGUCACGCUCAUCAGUAUGUGGCCUGAGCAGUAUGACCCUACACAGUCUCCACAGCUGUCCCAUGAUGACACUCAUUCCCGGAUAGAACAUUAUGCCAGCAGGUUGGCACAGAUGGAAAGAACCAAUGGCUCCAUGCUCACAGACAGCAGCUCGACCACAGGAAGCAUAGACGAUGAGCACACGUUGAUCCAACAUUACUGUCAGACACUGGGAAGAGAGUCUCCCAUCAGCCAGCCACAGAGCCCUGCCCAGAUCCUGAAGUCCGUGCAGAAGGAAGAACAAGGAGAGCUGGAACACAUUAUUGCCGACCUUGAAGAGGAGCAAAGGACUCUGCAAGCUGAAUACGAGCGUUUAAAACAGCAGCACCUGCUGAAGGGGCUCAAUCCGUCAUCUCCACACGACCCUUUCUCUCCCACCCAGCAGAGCCCCCAGGAUGCUGAGCUCCUGGCCGAGGCCAAGCUCCUGCGACAGCACAAGGGGAGGCUGGAAGCCAGGAUGCAGAUCCUGGAGGAUCACAACAAGCAAUUGGAGUCACAGCUGUGUCGUCUGCGUAAACUACUGGAAGAGCCAUCGACCGAUCCCAAAGUGAACGGGGUUGCUGCCGUUUCUCCAUCCACCUCCUUUCAGCUAUCUGAGUAUGGCCAGCUCUUCAAUGAGGACUUCAGCUCACAGACAGAUGACUUAUUGAUUCCACCUCAGGAUACGAAUACAGAUCUUACGGAUGUUAUGGAGCAGAUCAAUAACACUUUCCCCUCAGCAAGUUUCACUCCAAGACAGCAGAUGAUGUAAAGACGUGUUGGAAACACUAGCCAGUAACUUCCAGCAUCGUCCACCAACCCCGAUGACCGACAUUAGUUACAAAUAUACGGAAACGGGACCCUCAAAAGUAUUAUGGAUUUCAAUGAUCUGUCCUACUGAAGAAGUUCACUUCCUGAAGACCCAAAGACCACAAGUUGUCACUGUUAUGUUCCUGUUUGCUUCUUUUACUAUGCAAUUGUAAAAUAAUGAAGUAUAAAAUGUUAGGUGGAGUCUGAAAAACUUGCCAUUAUUUGUAUAAACAUCAGCAUUUGAGAAGGGGGAAGGGGCUUUAUAUCACUUUUUACUAUUGGUGAAGAGAGUAUUGAUGGAACAUUUUCAAGUCAUGGUUUGUGCAUUUUACACAGUUUUACAAACAAAAAGUCAUUCCACUCUCUCCAGCAUCACCCUCCUUUGAAGCCAAGUCUCAUAGCUGUGGCUUUCAACACUUGGCUGCGUGCCUAAGGAUAUAGUUCCUUUUUUUUUAGUUAGGCCAAAGUGUUGCGGGUAAAUGGGAGGGGAUCAAUUUCCCCCUCAGCCCCCUCUUUAUAGAGGGACUUUUAACGAAUCUGUGCCCCGAGGAAAUUUUUUGAGUAGAAUUUUAAUUGUUUUAACGUAUUGUAACAAAAGAAAGCCAUGACCACCUUUCUACCUCAGGCCUCACUUUCAUUGUAGGGGAUCUUAUACCAGUCUGAAUAACAUUCUCUUACACUCAAAGCUUUUCAUUUCCAACAGACCAAACGGCUCAAACAGAGUUUGCAGAAGGGUCCAAGUAAUCCAUCGGUAAUCAUUUGGUGGAAUUGUGUUUUUUUAAUUAUUUUUGUGUAUUGUGUCAAGUCUAACUGGGACUGCCUCCAACUUCAUAUAGCUGUAUUUCUCUCCUCUCCCCCCGUCCCUCCUAAUGAUGUAAUUACUGACCAGUAGGUAUGCUGUACCAUUACACUGUAAACUUCUCGCUCUCCCGAGUCCAACAAUCUAGAUAUUUUAAACAUGUAAAGGUACUAUAUUGUCUUCUAGAUUUAUAGACUAUAUCUUACAACGCUGAUCACAUUUGACAUCACUACAUAUUUCAUUCAAAAUAAAAUUCAUAUAUAACAAAA